CUGCCUCGGGAGCACACAAAAUCACACACACACACACACAAUGUGUUAAUGUUACAUAACGGUGUGUGUGUGUGUGUGUGUGGGAAGGCAUAUGAGUCCAGGAGCUCGGGUCACGCCUCAUUGAGGGGACACAUCUCUAAAAAUCCCUAAACACUACAGAAGGAGACAACUUCUGCCAGGAGCCACAAACUCCACACACACCUGAGCAGCCAUACGAGUAAUCUCUCCAGCUUCACCCAGGUCUAACCAGCCCAGUGGUGAAGACACACACACACACGGUAGAGUCAUGGCAGAACCGGAGCUAAACGAGUCGUCCCUGCGCUCCCCGAGCUCGGCAUCUCACUCUGUCUCGUUCCCCUUCAUGAGGGAAGGCAGUCGUGUGUGGGAGAAAGCAGGGGAGCUGCCCAGCCCUCUGCCCACCAAGCGCACACGCACAUACUCCGCCACGGUGCGGGCGAACUCGGGUCCCGUGUUUAAGGGCGUGUGUAAGAACUUCUCGAGGUCGCAAGGUCACGGGUACAUCAAACCCGCGAAAGGCGGAGAGGACAUCUUCGUCCACAUCUCAGACAUCGAGGGCGAGUACGUUCCCGUGUCGGGCGACGAGGUGACCUACAAAGUGUGUCCCAUCCCACCCAAGAACCAGAAGGUGCAGGCAGUGGAGGUGAUCAUCACACAUCUUAACCCUGGAACCAAGCACGAGACCUGGUCCGGAAAAAUCAUCAGCUCGUAGGCUCGUCGAGCGUUCUGCGGAGUCGGGGAUUUCUUUCCUUUCUUUUGAUCUUUCUUUUUUUUCUUCAAAGUAGGAUCACUGCAGGUGAGCACAGGGUGGAAAAGGAUGGAGGUGAGGAAGGAGAAGGAACGUAAGGAUGUAGCAGAUGUAGUUUGAGUAAGGUGUGUUAGAGAAAAGGAAGGAAUGAGAAAGGUCAGGAUUAGAGGUCAGGAGAGAUAGAGAGAGAUAAAAAGCACACAUUAUGAAGUCAUUAUUUAAAAGCAUAGAGAGAGAAAAAAUGGGCAGAACCGACAGAUUUGAAAAUCGUGGAAAUAGUUUUAAAAAAUGAAUUUAAAAGAUAAGUGUGAAUAGAAAGAAAAAAAACUUUUUUAAAUAGAAGGGAACUAUGGUCAAACUAAAAAAAAAAAAAAGCUGUGAAAGACAAAGUAAUGACUUCCUGAAAGUCGUCUGAUCAUAAUCGUUGGCCUUUAUUCGUUAUUUGUUUAACGUUUGUUUAUUUAUUUAUUUGUUAGCUGUUUUUUUAAUUUUUAUUUUUUUCUUGGUCUUGGGGUUGGGUUUGGGCGUCCGUUCUCAAUUGAGUUGCAGGUUUUUUGCUGGAAUUUAAAACUAAAAUUGCACUCGAAACUUGAAACCCCAAAACAAACAAGAAAUAAAUAAACCAACCUACUGCCAAACUGAGAACAACCCCGCAGAAUUCCAGCGGGAGCGCUUCAGGGUUUUAACCGUCAGGGUUUUCUAGUCCUACUUCGACAAAAACCGUCGUUCUCACUCUUAUCACACUUUCUGCCAAAAGUCCACUGAUGUUGUUCUGACUGGAGUUAAAUCAUCUUGCGGUAGAACCUCGAUGGUUAACGUAGCGGACUCGCGUUAGAGACUCCUCAGUCGGUCAUGGUUCAUGAAGUCUGUAAGUCAGUUUCUCCAACAAACUUUCUAUGCAUCUUUUCUACGCUUCAUUGUUUAGUAUUUAUUUUGAGUCGAUCAUGUUUUUGUACUCAACCAAUAACUGUUGUUAAUUUUAGAGCACUUUCUUCUUCUUUUCUUCCCUCCGGUCAGAUCACUGUGGCUGGUGUGUAGGCGUCAUUUACGUGUGAAACAGAGUUAAUAAAAAUAAAAACAUUUUAUUAGUCACCCUCA